UGUGAUAAAUGUUUUUGUUUGUUGCUAUGUCCGUAGACCUGUUGUUAGGAAGAUAUGUUUGGCUUUCUCUAGCUGUUGAUGGACUCUACCUCUGUGUUGUAAACAGAGGAUAAGAGAGUCCUUCCUGUCUCUCUCUGCAGCUUGGCAAGUCACCUGGGGUUGAGUGCAUUUACUAGUUUCUAUACCCUUUGUUCUCCAUGACAUAUAGCUGUUGUAAAUCUUCCACUAUUAUCCUGAUAACCAGAUCGUCUAGUUCCUUCUUUUUAUUUGAAUCAUUCUUAUAAGGCUGAGCUCUCAUGAUGACCUCAAUCAGUGUGGAUUGUACAGAGGUAGAUGGUCUGGGGAUUUUGGCAGCAACUUUUGGUUAAUCUGAAUAUCACAUCCUUAUUACAUACAGGCAUGAAACUCACAUGUCAUGUAGGUUUGGUGACCUUGCCAUAAAUGUUAAAAAAAAAAAAAAAAAGGUCUGGUAUGGUUGUAAUAGCACUCAAGUGUGGAGAAAUUCAACAUUUUCUGAAGUCCAGUGAGCUCUGCACCAGAGUAAUCACUGAAAUUAUUUUCUUUUCUUUAUGACUGGGAUUUGUGGGUAGUGCCAUAUUAAGAUUUCAUGGUAUCUUUACAGUUGAUCUCUCCAAUCACGCGCUGCCACACAUGAGGCCACUUGUGAGACCAUUCAUGAGGCCACCAAUUACAACUUUCCACAGUCAUCAUUCAGACACCAUGAGUCAGAAACGUCCUCAUAGUCUGAUUCAUGAAGAGAAGGAGGAGGAGGAGGAGGAGAGGAUUGAUGAAGGGAAGGAGGAGGACGAGGUGACUACCAAUGGGGAAGAGGAGGAGGAGGACGACAACGAUGACGACAAGAUGACUGAUAUUGAGGAGGAGGAGGAGGAGGAGGAGGAGGACGAGGACGAGGAACAGAACGAGGACGAGGAGGAGGGCGAGGACGAGGAGGACAAGGACGAGGACGAGGACGAGGACGAGGACGACGAUGACAAGAUGACUGUCAUUCAAGACGAGGAUGACGAGGACAAGAUGGCAGGCAUUGAGGAGGACGAAAACGAAAUGGCUGGAUGUGAGGAGGAGGACAUGAGUAGCAGUGUGCAUGACAGCGUGAGAGAUGAGCCACGGGUUAGGCGCGGAGCUGGAGUGGCGUCAUCUGCUCCACAUCCGUGCUCUUGAAUUUUCCGAGUUUUCCACCAUCUGGCUACGACUACAGAGUCACUCUCAAACUAAACUUAUCUGUGCUGUAUACCUCUCACCUAACUCCUCUGACUAUAAGAAAUUCUUUGACUACUUAACUUCCAAAGAGGAAGGGAGGCAAAAGGGAAGAGGGUCAUUCUGACCCUCUUCCCUUUUGCAGAGAUCUCCAUUUUUGGAGACUUCAAUGUUCACCACCAGCUUUGGCUUUCCUCUCCCUUCACUGACCAUCCUGGUGAACUAGCCUACAACUUUGCUAUCCUCCACGACCUAGAACAAUAGGUGCAUCACCCUACUCGUAUUCCUGACCGUCUUGGAGAUACGCCCAACAUUCUUGACCUUUUCCUGCCCUCUAAUCCUUCUGCUUAUGCUGUCACCCUUUCUUCUCCGUUGGGCUCCUCCAAUCACAAUCUCAUAUCUGUAUCUUGUCCUAUCGCUCCAAUCCCUCUCCAGGAUCCCCCUAAGCGAAGGUGCCUCUGGCAUUUUGCCUCUGCUAGUUGGGGGACCUGAGGAGGUAUUUUUGCUGAUUUUCCUUGGAAUGACUACUGCUUCCGUGUCAGAGACCCGUCUUUGUGUGCUGAGCGCAUAACAGAGGUGAUAGUGUCUGGCAUGGAGGCGUACAUUCCUCACUCUUUUUCUCAUCCUAAACCUUCUAAACCUUGGUUUAACACAGCUUGUUCUCGUGCUAUACGUGAUAGAGAGGUGGCCCACAAAAGUUACUUAAGCCUUCCAUCACCGGAAUGUCAUGCACUUUAUAUUUCUUCCCAGAACCAUGCCAAAUCUGUUCUCCAACUAGCCAAAAACUCCUUCAUUAACAGAAAGUGUCAAAACCUUUCAAGAUCUAACUCCCCUUGUGACUUCUGGCAUCUAGCCAAAAAUAUCUCCAAUAACUUUGCUUGUUCUUUCCCUCCUCUAUUUCAUCCAGAUGGCACCACUGCUAUCACAUCUAUUUCUAAAGCUGAACUCUUCGCUCAAACCUUUGCUAAAAACUCUACCUUGGACGAUUCUGGGCUUGUUCCUCCCUCUCCUCCACCCUCUGACUACUUCAUGCCACCUAUUAAAAUUCUUCACAAUGAUGUUUUCCAUGCCCUCGCUGGCCCAAACCCUCGGAGGGCUUAUGGACCUGAUGGGGCUCCUCCUAUUAUUCUCCGAAACUGUGCCUCUGUGCUUGCACCUUGCCUAGUCAAACUCUUUCAGCUCUGUCUGUCAACAUCUAACUUUCCUUCUUGCUGGAAAUUUGCCUACAUUCAGCCUGUUCCUAAAAAGGGUGACCGUUCUAAUCCCUCAAACUACCGUCCUAUUGCUUUAAUUUCCUGCUUAUCUAAAGUUUUUGAAUCUAUCCUCAACAGGAAGAUUCUUAAACAUCUAUCACUUCACAACCUUCUAUCUGAUCGCGUGUAUGGGUUCCGUCAAGGCUGCUCUACUGGUGAUCUUCUGGGUUUCCUUACUGAGUCUUGGUUAUCCUCUUUUACAGAUUUUGGUGAAACUUUUGCUGUUGCCUUGGACAUAUCAAAAGCUUUUGAUAGAGUCUGGCACAAAGCUUUGAUUUCCAACCUACCCUCCUACAGCUUCUAUCCUUCUCUCUGUAACUUCAUCUAAAGUUUCCUUUCUGACUGUUCUAUUGCUGCUGUGGUAGAUGAUCACUGUUCUUCUAAAUCUAUUAACAGUGGUGUUCCUCAGGGUUCUGUCCUGUCACCCACUCUCUUCUUAUUAUUCAUUAAUGAUCUUCUAAACCAAACUUCUUGUCCUAUCCACUCCUACGCUGAUGAUACCACCCUGCACUUUUCCACAUUUUUUCAUAGACGUCCAGCCCUUCAGGAAGUAAACAUUUCAUGCAAGGAAGCCACAGAACGCUUGAAUUCUGAUCUUUCUAAAAUUUCUGAUUGGGGCAGAGUAAACUUGGUAUUGUUCAAUGCCUCAAAAACUCAAUUCCUCCAUCUAUCAACUCGGCACAACCUUCCAGACAACUAUCCCCUCUUCUUCAGUGACACUCAACUGUCCCCCUCUUCUACACUGAACAUCUUCGGUCUGUCCUUUACUUAUAAUCUGAACUGGAAACUUCACAUCUCAUCUCUAGCUAAAACAGCUUCUAUGAAGUUAGGUGUUCUGAGACGUCCCCGCCAGUUUUUCUCACCCCCCCCCAGCUGCUAACUCUGUACAAGGGCCUUAUCCGUCCAUGUAUGGAGUAUGCUUCACAUGUCUGGGGGAGUUCCACUCAUACUGCUCUUCUAGACAGGGUAGAAUUAAAAGCUUUUCGUCUCAUCAACUCUCCUCUAACUGACUCUCUUCAGCCUCUCUCAUCGCCACAUUGUUGCAUCUCUAGCUGUCUUCUACCGCUAUUUUCAUGCUAACUGCUCUUCUGAUCUUGCUAACUGCAUGCCUCCCAUCCUCCCGUGGCCUCGCUGCACAAGACUUUCUUCUUUCUCUCACCGCUAUUCUGUCCACCUCUCUAACGCAAGAGUUAACCAGUAUUCUCAAUCAUUCAUCCCUUUCUCUGGUAAACUCUGGAACUCUCUGCCUGCUUCUGUAUUUCCACCUUCCUAUGACUUGAAUUUCUUCAAGAGGGAAGUUUUAAGAUACUUAUUCAUCAAUUUUUGACUACUGCUUUGACUCUUUUAUGGGACUGGCAUUUCAGUGGGCAUUUUUUUUUAUUGGAUUUUUGUUGCCCUUGGCCAGUGUCCUUCCUACAUAAAAAAAAAAAAAAAAAUUCUCCUAACAGAGAGGAUGUUUUGAAAUGGAGUGACGGCCAUGACUUUGUGCCUCAUCUCCAUCACAUUGACUCAUCUUUAUCAGGGAUCACUCCAACCUUUCAAGUUGGGCCUUUGAGUCAUUUUUAGGUCACGAAAUUAUGGACAAAACUGUACAUGAAAUUAAUAUUCAACAUGACUAUCUUAUUAGUAAGCAGCAGGAAUAUUUGGAAGAGACAGGUGAAACACCACCCGAGCACAGCAGUCUCAACACUUGGAUCAACACCGAUGUUAGGGAAUUUUUUGUAUUUCUUGCUCUAGUACCAUUGAUGCCACAUUCAAAGAAGGCUAUGUUAAGUGAUUAUUAGAGAAAAGACCCUCUGCUCGACACACCUGCUUUCGAGAAAUACCUGAGUAGGUUUCAGGCAAUUCUGUUCCUUACACUUUGACAGUAACACAGAAUCUCGACCAACAGAUCCCAUUUGUAAAAUAAGAGAUGUAUUGAUGUUAAAAGAAAGUUUCAGUAAUUAUUUCAUACCAUUCUGUAAAUUAGUAAUUGACGAAUCUCUUGUGUUAUUCAGAGGUAGGUUGAAAUUUAAAUAGUACACGCAAACCAAAAGAAAUCGCUUUGGUAUAAAAUUGUUUGUUUUAUUUGACUGUGUUAGAUUUCUUAUCCCAUACUGGCUCCAACACUUAUUUCAGUAGAAAAGACACAAAAUGACUGGCAGUAUCUUGAAAUUGCUUGAAAAAUAUAUGGAUAAAGUUCACAUAUUACACACUGACAACUAUUACACAAACCCAGAUUUAUCAGUUUAUUUACACAGCAAGGGCUGUGGUUCAUGUACAACCCGCAAGAACAUGCCGCCAAAAUUAAAAAUUAGCAGGACUAGACAGUUGAUUUUAGCCUACAGUAAUCAGGAAAAGUGAUGGCUCUGCAAUGGCAUGACAAGUGUGAAGUUGUCAUGCUGUCUAUUAUCCACAUGGGACAAAUGAGAGACUGGCAAAACCCACUUCAAGUCAUAGGAACCCAUUAUAAAAUUCAAAGAGCUUUUUAUACCGCAUUUAUAAAGAGCAAAAAUUACACACGAUCAGGUACGUGUACACAUGAGGAACACAUCAUUAGGCAGUAGUUGAUCACUGCUCUCCCCUUGGGGACAACUGUGUCAAGUUGCCACUUACUCUUUUUCUACCAGAUUGUCGAAUAUUAUAUAGUCAUUAGUAUAUUUGGCUUCCGUUUAGCUUAGUUAGGCCUUAGAUAGAAUCAGCUGACGCCGUUUUCCUUUCAGGUUCCAACAUUUCUUCAGCUUUGGUAUUGACAUUUAUUGUACCAUUUAUAAUGUCUUAAGUGAGUAUUUCUAGGGGUAAAAGGACAUUGUUAUAUUUAUUUCUGUAUUUUGGGUAAACACAUGAAGCUGAUGUGAACUGUAGCACAACAUGAUGUUGUGCGGGUUUUGUGAAGUGUUGAGAGAGACAUUAGAAGCGCACUACACAGACGGGUUGUCUUUUUCUUGGCCUUCUCUUUUCAAGAUUCCUAGCAAGGAAAUGUCCCAUUUCGACAUUUUGGUGCCCAGACCCGGGAUACACAGUCCCCAAGGACUGCUACAUUAACAAGUUAAGUGUCUCCAGCCCUGCAUUUUAGAAGAAGAUGGAGAAGUUAGAGAAGGCCCGAGCAGCUUGUCAAGGAUGGCUGUCAAGAGUGUGUGUCAAGAUGGACGGACUCCUAGCCAAGAGCCCCCCAGCAACCUCCAGUGAGUUAGUAGAAGUUCUGGAAGAGUUUGAUAAGAGGCUUAACAAGUUAGAAGAAGUGCAGUCAGAGAUAGAAUUGGAGAUAAGUCCUGAGGCACUAGAGGAGUACUUGGACAAGGCAGAUGCAGUCAGACAGCAAGCCAGGCAGAAGAGAUUGUUGUGUGCUGACAAGCUUAAGAAACUGGCUGAGGGUGAUAAGGACAAGUCGGAUUCUUCAAGUACCACAGCCCCUCUCCAUGCAAAACUUCCCAAGCUAGAACUACCUAGAUUUGACGGUGACCUGAAGCAGUGGCAGAGUUUUUGGGAACAGUUCUCCUCACACAUAGACGACACUGAGCUGCCCACCAUUAGUAAGCUAACCUAUCUACUGUCACUACUAGACGGCACUGCUAAGGACGUGGUGGAAGGAGUGCCGCACACCUGCGCCAGCUACAAGACCGUCGUCGACCUGCUGAAGCAACGGUUUGGCAAGUCGGAGUGCAUCAUCCACGCCCACGUCCAGGCUCUCCUUGAUCUACAAGUUCCGGUCCACCAAGGCAAGACCUACAUCCUACAGCUGUGGAGACUUCGGGACGAGGUGGUCAAGCACACGAGGAGUCUAGAAGCCCAAGGAGUUACAGGCAAGCAAUGUGAAGUGCUACUAACCCCCAUGAUUGUUUCCAGACUGCCCACAGAGUUAAGGUUAAACUGGUCAAGGGAUUGUAGUGGACAUGAAAGUGAUCUUGAGUGGCUUCUUAGUUGGCUUCAAAGGGAGAUUGAAGUGAUAGAAAGGAGUGAAAUGUAUAAGGGCAAUGUUAAGAGUUUAGAAGGAAGGAAGGGUAGUAAGGAUAGUAAAGAAGUACAUAAGGGAAACAAGGAAAAAUUGUUCACAGCCUCGGCUUUACAUGUGACUUCCCCGCCUGAAAGAUCAGAUUGUGUGUUUUGUAGUAAGAGAAACCACAAGUCUGAGAAGUGCUACAAGUUUCUGGUGUUGGAUGGGCAGCAGAGGUUUGACAAGAUAAGGGAAUUGGGUGUGUGUUUUAGAUGUUUAAAUAGUGGUCAUAAGUCUAGAAGUUGUAAGGCCAAAUGUUCCAAGUGUCGUGGUGACCACAAUAGUACCAUGUGUGGUGUUAAGUUGAGUGUGGUCCCUAAGGCCGAAGUAGAGGAGAGUAAACAGACGGGCACCCAAACCCUUGCGAUGUUGUCAGGCCACUACAGGAACAAGACUGUGUUACAAACAGCUAAGGUAAAGGUAGUGAACCAUAAGGGGGAUAUUGUUACUGCAAGGCUGAUGUUUGACAAUGGCUGUGAUAGGUCAUAUGUUACCAAUAAGUUUGUAGGAAGAUGUAAACCUGAAUGGGUCACCAAUACAGAAGUCCCUUAUAGUUCCUUUGGUGGCCAUAGCUCAAGCAAGUGUGUACAAAGUAGUCUAUACAAGUUGAAGCUUUUAGAUGAUAAGGGUGAUUUGUUUUCCCUUGUGUUGGCAGGCAUUCCCAUUAUAUGUGAACCGCUAAUUAGGCCAGUAGUACCAGAACACAUUUUAAGUGCCUUUAAUCAUUUAAAGUUUGCAGAUGACUUUGACCAUAGUUCUCCUUUAGACUUAGAUAUCCUUAUUGGUCUGGACUACUACUGGAGCCUAGUAACGCCUAGUGAUGCAGUUCAAGUGGGGUUGACAGUUGCCCUGAAAUCAGUGUUUGGCUGGACCUUGAGUGGAAACACUGGUAAAUUUUCUGACACUACAGGUGUGCCUUUACUGCCAACCUUUAAACCUUCGUCACCUCAACUCUUGUGCAUCUCUAAAGUCACUGAUGCUGAUAUGUCUAACUUUUGGGAUUUGGAGACUAUUGGCAUAAGUAGUAGCAAGGAAAGUAAGGAAGACGUUAGAGAUAAGAUUGUUCAAGAAUAUAGUGAUAAGAUCAAGUUUGUAGAUGGUAGAUAUGAAGUCCACUUGCCGUGGAAGGACAACCCUAAGAAGGAUACUUUGAUGAGUAAUGAAGUUCAAGCUAAGAAGAGAUUAAAUAAGCUUUUGGUGAAGUUGGAUAAGGACGAAGACUUAAAGGCUGAGUACAUGAAGGUAUUUGCCGAGUAUGAGCAUUUAGGAAUCAUUGAAGAGGUGCCGGUAGAGGAAAUUGUACACCCUGGCCCUGUUUACUACAUGCCUCACAGGCCAGUUGUCAGACUCAGCAGCAGCACCACAAAGGUACGACCAGUCUUUGAUGCGUCUGCCAAGGGUCCUAACGGGAUUUCUCUCAAUGACUGUAUGACAACGGGUCCGUCUCUCAACCCAGACCUAGUAGAGAUAUUAAUUAGAUACAGACGCUGGCCCUAUGUAGUUACUGCUGAUAUUGUUAAAGCUUUUUUGCAAAUAAGUGUACAGAGCCAAGAUAGAAAUGUUCAUAGAUUUUUUAUGCCAGCCGAAGGUGGAGUUAGACACAUGAGGUUUACUAGAGUUGUUUUUGGCAAUACAUCAAGUCCUUUCCUUCUUAAUGCUACGAUUAAGACACAUUUGAGUAAGUACUCUGAGUGUGAAGUAAUUCAGGAUCUUCAGAGAGACAUGUAUGUAGACAACUGGUUCAGUGGGGCUGAUAGUGAAGUAGAGGCAGUAAGGAAGUACACCACAGCCUACAACAUUAUGUCUGAAGCCAACAUGUCUCUUGAGAAGCUUGUAUCCAAUAGUUUAGUAAUUGCAUCAAAAUGUAAUGACAAGGUUCACUGUGUACAGGACGAUGAAGUUAACAGUGUACUAGGUUUGAAGUGGUCUAAGGACAGUGAUGUUUUUUCUUAUUGUGGUCUAGACCUGGAUUUCCCUUUGGAAUUAGCAUGUACCAAGAGGACAGUAUUAAGUUUAAUAGCUAAGAUUUUUGAUCCAUGUGGAUUUAUCAGCCCAUUUACCAUGUAUGCUAAGAUACUUUUCCAAGAUAUUUGGAAGUCAGGUGUGUCCUGGGAUGACAAGUUGUCACAAGAUUUAGAAGUAAGAUUUGAAAAAUGGGUAAGGAGUACCAGACAUUUGAGUCCAUUAGUUAUAGGUAGACAUUAUUUUCCCCAUGUACCUUGGAAAAGUAUUGAGUUUAUUGAGAUUCAUGGGUUUGGGGAUGCCUCGGAAAAAGGUUAUGGGGCGUGUGUAUACCUAAGGCUAUGUCUUGACAGUGCAUGUAACACUUCAUUGGUUGUAUCCAAGAGUAGAGUGGCACCAAUCAAGAAAUUAACCCUGCCUAAGCUAGAACUGUUGGGAGCAUUGCUUUGUGCCAGAUUGGUGGUGUUUGUGAAGAAGGCUCUGUAUCUUAAGAUUAAGACCCAAGUGACGUGUUGGACUGAUUCCACUAUUGCAUUGGGAUGGAUAAGGAAUGAUCCAAGUUUAAAGGAUGUAUAUGUCAACAACAGAGUUAGAGAGAUUCAGCACCUGACACCUCCAAGUAACUGGUAUCAUUGCAAGGGGACAGAAAAUCCUGCCGACUUGAUAACCCGAGGGUUACUAGCAGAGAGCCUUCUUGGAAAUGAUCUGUGGUUUAGCGGUCCUAAGUAUUUGUCUGACCCCACAUUUAGAGUCCAGGAAAGAGAUGCUUUAACUGCCAGCAUUAACACUGUGAAUGUUGUACUUGAGAAUAAUUUAGCAUGUUUAGCUGUUCAGACUAGGACACCCAUUUUUGACCUUGAGAGAUAUAAUGAUCUUGCUAAGUCACUAAGAAUUGUUGGGUAUGUUUUGAGAUUCAUAAAUAAUUGUAAAAGUAAAAGGUUGGGAUGUGAGUUGGAAACUUGUAGAUUUACAACUGAAGAACUAGAGUUUGCCGAAUUAAAAUUAAUCUAUGUAGAGCAGAGACAAGCCUUCCCAGAUGAAAUCAAAGCCAUAUCCAGUGAGCGGUCUCUUCCUAAGCAUUCCAAGCUAAGCAAAUUAAACCCAUUUCUUGAUCAAGAGGGUAUUCUAAGAAUCAAGGGUAGAUUACAAUUUUCUAGUCUGGGUUAUAACUCAAAACAUCCCAUCAUUCUUCCUAAGGGUCACUUUUCUAAGUUGUUAGUACAAUUUCAACAUAAGUUCAUGAAGCAUGCAGGUGUAAACAGCAUUGUGUCAUCAUUAAGAACUAGUUUUUGGGUGAUUGGGUUAAGAAGAAUGGCAAAGACGGUGGUUAGAGAGUGUUUGAGUUGUCGGAGGCACGACAGCCGUCCUUGCAGUCAACCUGUUGCCCCUUUACCUGACCUGCGAGUCAACCCUGCACCUCCGUUUGCAGUUACAGGUUUAGAUUUCACUGGCCCUUUAUUUAGUGCUGAUCAUCCAGGGAAAAAAUUGUAUGUGUUACUUUUUACCUGUGCUGUUAUUAGAGCUGUACAUCUAGAACUCACAGAGUCCAUGUCAUUGGUCGAUUGUAUGCGGGCCAUAAGGAGAUUUGUUGCUCGUAGAGGGAUUCCUAAUGUUUUCUAUUCCGACAAUGCAAAAACAUUUGUUGCAGCCUCCACAGAAGUACAGAAGGUGUUUGGUCAUCUAGCCCCAAGGUGGAAGUUUAAUGUACCAAGGUCCCCAUGGUGGGGCGGGUGGUUUGAGAGGCUCAUUGGUUCAGUCAAGCUAGCUUUAAGGAAGUCUUUGGGAGUUAAGUAUGUAAGCCAGUCUGAGUUAGAAACAAUUCUUAUAGAAAUUGAGUCGUGCAUUAACUCUCGACCAUUGACCUUUGUGAGUGAUGACCCAGAUUUUGAUCAUUAUCUAACUCCAUCACACUUUAUUCUUGGUAGGAACAGCACAUGUACACCUUCUGAUGUUGAUGAAUCCCCUAUUAUAAGCCCUGAAGACUUGUACAUUAGAAAGAAUAUAAGAAAUCAGAGGUUGGAACAUUUUUGGAAGGUGUGGAGAGAAGAUUAUAUAGCUAAUUUGCCCCCUGUAGUAAAAGGUUUCAACCAGAAAUGUAAAGUGGAUGUUGGUAGUGUUGUACUCAUUAGAGGAGACAAUGUACCCAGACAACGGUGGCCCAUGGGUGUGAUUGUUAAUGUGUAUCCCGGUAGAGACGGUGUGAUUCGCAGUGUUGAUGUUAAGACAGGAAAAGGCAUUUUCAACCGGACUAUUCAAACCCUGCAUGAUUUAGAGAUAAAUCCUCAUUUAGACACUGAUGUGAUAACUCCUCAACCAGUACUUCAUGAUCAGGCAGUACAAGAUGAUGUAACUUCAAGUGUAGCUAAUGAUGACUCUGUACAAGAUUGUGAUCCUGAGGAGGAGGAGGAGGAGGAGGAGGUAGCUGUUUAUACUUCAAGGGGUCGGCUCGUUAAAAGGCCUCACAGAUUAGAUUUAUAAGUUGUACAUUUAUUAUGUAUGGUGGUAGGUCAUGUGUUGUGUUUGUUUAUGGGAACUAUUGGGUUAUGGUAUGAUAUGGUAUGAUGUUAGAUACUUAUUGUACGAGGUAUUUGUUUGGAUAAGUUGCUUCGCCCCUUAUGGUGGGGAGGAUGUCGAAUAUUAUAUAGUCAUUAGUAUAUUUGGCUUCCGUUUAGCUUAGUUAGGCCUUAGAUAGAAUCAGCUGACGCCGUUUUCCUUUCAGGUUCCAACAUUUCUUCAGCUUUGGUAUUGACAUUUAUUGUACCAUUUAUAAUGUCUUAAGUGAGUAUUUCUAGGGGUAAAAGGACAUUGUUAUAUUUAUUUCUGUAUUUUGGGUAAACACAUGAAGCUGAUGUGAACUGUAGCACAACAUGAUGUUGUGCGGGUUUUGUGAAGUGUUGAGAGAGACAUUAGAAGCGCACUACACAGA